AUGCCCAGACUGGAAGACAUACCAUCCACACUAUUGGAAGCAAUCGAAUGCGUGAGAUGGCUGGAAAAGGGUGCAAAGACUUCGGGGAUCGCACAUAGAGAGCAAUACUGCCAACGGAUCGCAUGCAUUCAGGACAGGCUAAAAAUGGCCCACUUUUGUAUCUCGAGUAUCUUGCGUAUUGCUCGAAAGAGUUGUCUAUCACCGGAGGAGGUCGCACGGUCUGCUCAAAAGGUUGCGAAAGUGCAAUCUGAAAUCGAGGCUAUUAAAGCAUUGGCUAGCGAGCCGCAACAAUUCAGUCCGGAUCAAAUCGUUUCUGAUUUGGGGUCCCGCUCUUCUCGUGCUGCCGGUGCACUCGAUGCGAUUCGCAACAUCUACAAAAAGCACCUUGUUUCAAUCAUAUCGGGAGCCAUGCACGAUCACCGGGUGCAUGCGAAGGACUUCUCGGCCGAAACAGCUUUGCUGGACCUGCUUUUUUCUGAACAUCCAUUCGAUAUGUUCACAGACGCCACCAAGCCCAAUGAAUAUGUGGAAACGCUUUGCAACUUGAACUCGCCGACCGGUCCAACGGAGGAUUCAAAUAAAAUUACCAAACGUCUUGCUUGUGAACAUGUCGAAGAUUUCAUGCACUAUCUGGAACGGGAUCAUGAUAUACAGGGCGUUGAUCGAGUGGCACAGUCCUACCUUCAUGUUCUGGAAUGGCUGCGAUGCCAUUUAGAGUCAGACAUCAAGUACAUAUCCGCUAAAACACUUUCCAAGCACGAGUCGCCAUGGUAUGGGAAGAUUUUGGAUGUUCACAAUAAUAAGCCUUCGGUCGGUGAUUAUCUCGAUUCAAAAUAUCUAUCUGUUCUGCAAGAUUGUGCAGAAAAGGUCCGUUACGAGAUCGAGCGGGAAAGGCGAAAAAUUUUCCGUAUUGCGAUAUGUGGGCUGACAAAGGCAGGGAAGUCCCUAUUCUUAAAUGCCAUAAUAGGUCAGAAACUACUCCCGUCGGAGGCACUACCUUGCCGAAUACGUCACGGAGAUGAUCAAGAACCACAUCUUGUAGUGUGCAAGCCAGAUUCUGAAUUCUGCAAGAAUGUUUGGAACAAUUGCGAACAAAACUUCCAGGUAUCCGCUCAUUCCAAUUCCAGUACAACGCUUUAUGUAGCUGCUGAUUUCUUAGAAGGCCUAAAGGAGUCCACGAAGUGGGAAGAGCUGCCUUCACUGACGCGGGAGAGUUGGCAUGAAUAUAAGGACCCAGCCUUCAAGUUGUCGCGCGAAGCACACGGUGAAGGUGCAGUCAUAAAGCUCCUCGGACAAGUCAACGACAUAGCCAGGCUCUGUUACAUGUUUGAUGUGCCUUUCAAGCAGGACAUGAGUGUUUGGCCUUUGCUAAUUGUCAAAUUCUCGUCAUUCACUCAGAAGAACUUCGUUGGCGCUUUUGAGGUUUUUGAUCUGCCGGGAAUUGAUGAAGCUACUGUCAAUGCGAUUGAAGCAGUUAGAGGAUGCGUCUAUGCCAUAGUCCCGGUUGUAUCUCUUAAAGAUGUAUCAAAGAAUCACUGGCGAUCUAUCCUACCAAACGUCGUGGGCUCCGCUAUCGAGACUCCGCUCAUUAUUUGUACGCAUUUGGAUCAGUUUGCCCAAAAAAACAAUGAUGUUGAGAUGCUGAGAAACACAGCCUGGAAGGUUAUGAACCCAGGGUCGGGUAAUGAGGACGUUGCAUCAAAAUGCAUAUGCUGCUCGUCUCUCUUGGGAUUCGGGGCGCAAAGGCUACUGAGUCUUAUGCUUACCCAAGGUACAAAACCAGUGUUCGAGUCCAUCUUCGACGAGUCGAGACGUACUCCCGAGUCUCAGGUGAGAAUGGUGCUUUGUUUCUCGUCUGAUUCAACUCCUAAAGCGACAGUCAAGUGCGCUACCCAAAUUUGCGGCGCAGGACAAAGUGCGAGAAGAAAUUAUGAAAGGCUGUCACUCGAUGAAUGGAAGGACGAACUCGACGGCGUCAUUAACCAGAGCGGACGGCACUGUCUGCAGGAAUCGCUAACAUCGAUUUCUUACUCACAAGGAUUCUUGAUGCACAAAGAUCAGCUCUGCAACGUCUGGGGAGAACCCGUGCAGAAUGCGAGCUCAGCAAAAAGGCUUUUUGAUAGGGCGAAGAAGCAGAUCGACAUUGCAAGGAGAUUAUGGAGAAACAAUGAAACAUCCCUUCAUGACGAAGCAGUGAACGACAUCGACAGCGCGUUUGAUGAACUUAAAGCAAAGCUACAUAAAUCUAUUCAAGAAAACUUUCAGAAGGAGAUGGAACAAAGCAGGGAACAUGUAAUCCCAAGCACUUCUUUAGGGACCUUUCGCUUCGAUGACGAGCAGAAAAUUCGUGAAUUCUCCGAAGCCUUUCAACCGAAGGCCAUCUUCGCUCUGGAGACUAUCAAAAACGAGUUCCUUCAACGUGUUCGCAAGGACCACGUUGAUAAGCAGGUCAUGAAGCAGGUUGAUUAUCUUGCCCAGAGCCUCAGCAAUAGACUCGAUGGAGCGCAGAAAGAUGCAAUCAUUGGACGAGUAAUUGCUGAGACGACGAAUGUACCUGCUAGAGUGAAGGAAGCUUCACUUUCCGAGCUUUACAACAAUUGUCGUCAACGGAUACGAGACGUGCUGAAAAUUGACUGCUGGAAGUCUCGCAUUGUCUACUAUGAAGCCAUAGUCGAGAGUAAACUAAUAGAGACAUUGGAGGAGAUGACAAUUGACCCGCUUAUCUCGGAGAUGCGGAAAUUGGCAAUGCCUGAAUUCGAGAGACUGAUGGAUCGUGGCCGGAAAGAGAUAGAGAGCGCCAUCAACGAUAUGCUGAAAAAGGAAGAGAGCGAUUACAAGAAGGAGCUUACUACUAAGGGCAUUCCCCCUUCACCGGAAGAUAUUGCAUCCUCUAUCGCUACUUACCUUAACUUCAGUGCAGCAGCCUCCGCUAUGGGUGAGCUAAAGUCACAAUAUGAGAAACAUUCUGGGACACAACCAACGAAUGAGUAG